AGUGAUCGCUGAUUGGUCAGACAGUUGAAGCGAUGUUAUAUAUACAAGUGCUCUCCAUCCAGCUGAUCUCUCUGAGGAAAGUUGUCUCAGUGGAAGCUACUGGAGAGCUCUGGGAACGAAAAUAAAUUAACAAUGAACGGCCACGUGCACCCCUACAGCAGCGACUUCCCCUUGUGCAAGCCCUUGGUGGAAGAUGAUCCCGAGGUCUACGCAAUCAUCAAGAAGGAGAAGAGACGCCAAAGGCAUGGGCUUGAGAUGAUAGCCUCGGAGAACUUCGCAUCUCGUGCCAUCAAUGACUGCCUCUCAUCUUGCCUGACUAACAAGUACUCCGAGGGCAUGGUAGGACAGAGGUACUAUGGUGGAAACGAGUUCAUUGAUGAGGUCGAGAGGCUGUGCCAGCAACGUGCCCUCUCGACCUUUGGCCUCGACCCUGCCAAGUGGGGUGUCAAUGUGCAACCCUAUUCUGGCUCUCCUGCUAACUUCGCUGUCUACACUGCUCUCGUCGAACCCCACGGCCGUAUUAUGGGUCUGGACUUGCCCGAUGGCGGCCACUUGACCCACGGCUUCUACACUGCGACCAAGAAAGUGUCAGCCACCUCCAUCUUCUUCGAGUCGAUGCCAUACAAGAUCAAUGUCGAGACUGAGCUGAUCGACUACGACAAGCUGCAGGAGAAUGCCAAACUCUUCAAGCCCAGACUGAUCAUCGCAGGUGUGAGCUGCUAUCCUCGUCAUCUAGACUAUAAGAAAUUCCGUGAGAUCUGUGAUGAGAAUGGAUCCCUAUUGAUGGCUGACAUGUCUCAUGUGAGUGGCCUUGUGGCAGCUGGCCUGACCACCAACCCCUUCGAGUACUGCGAUAUUGUAACCUCAACCACUCACAAGACUCUGCGCGGCCCUCGCAGCGGAAUCAUUUUCUACAGGAAAGGUCAGAAGGGUGUCGACAAGACUGGCAAGCCCAUCAUGUAUGAUUAUGAAGACAAAAUCAACCAAGCUGUGUUCCCUGGUCUUCAGGGGGGGCCCCACAACCACCAGAUUGCUGCCAUCGCUGUGGCUAUGAGGCAGGCAGCUGAACCCUCUUUCAAGGAGUACCAGCAGCAGGUGAUAAAGAAUGCCCAAGCUCUGGCCAAGGGGCUGCAGGGGAAGGGCUACAAGAUCGUCACAGGAGGCACAGACAACCACUUGGUGUGGGUGAACAUGCGCACCGUUGGGCUCUCGGGAGGAAAGGCAGAGAAGAUCCUAGAGGAGGUGUCCAUUGCCUGUAACAAGAACACAGUUCCCGGUGACAAAUCUGCCCUGAACCCAAGCGGCAUCCGGCUGGGCACACCCGCUCUUACCACCAGAGGAUUGAAGGAGGCGGAGAUGGAACAGGUCGUCACUUUCAUUGAUGAGAGCUUAAAGAUUGCUCAAGACGUGCAGGCGAAGUCAGGACCGAAGCUAGUGGACUUCAAUCGUGUGCUUGGAGACGCAGAGUUCAAGGAACGCAUCACCUCUUUGCGAGAGAAGGUGGAGGCGUUUGCGGGUACUUUCCCCCUGCCAGGCCUAGAGGACCUUUAAGAAGGAUCUAUUUGUGAGAAUCAGCCAGCAUUGGUGAUUUUAGAAAUGAAGAGUGUGAGAUUGGAAAUUCCUUGCAGCCGGAAUAUGUCUUCCGGAAUUUUGAUAGAAUCUUUGCGGAAUUCAAAGUCGUAUCAUUGAUAUUUUGCUAACUUAGAAAAAAGUAGGUUAAAAGAGAUGUGUAUAUUUUUUUAAAGAUUCUUGAGGGUGCCAUAUCUUGCUAAUAAAGACAUCUCACAUUUUGACAAACUGAAGUGAAUGCUACACACGUGUUUCUUACAGUACAAUCACAUCAAAAGAUUAUCUCAGUUUUUUCCCAACUAUUUCUGGAAAUACAGCUAUUAUUCAACAUAAAGGGUAUUUGGCUAUGUGAUAUUAAUGUCCCGAUAUGAAAAUGUUGACAUGUAUUGAUACGAGAACCAUUGGCAAUAGUAUCAACAGGCCUUUUCCCCAAUGCUCAACUUUGUAGGAGAGUAGCAAUAAUUUUUUUCCACUGUGAGUGAUGUAUUUUACGUAAUAAAUAUUUCACUGAUA